AUGCUCUGGGCUGGACAGGCCAAGCGGACCUUGCGGGGCCAAGGGAUCAUUUGUUUGGUGAUAGCUCUACUUCUCCAGCACCCAGGAGUCCACAGCAAGUGCUACUUUCAAGCUCAAGCCCCCUGUCACUAUGAGGGGAAAUAUUUUACCCUGGGUGAGUCUUGGCUCCAGAAGGACUGUUUCCAUUGUACCUGUCUACAUCCCGUUGGUGUGGGCUGCUGUGACACGUCCCAACACCCCAUCGACUUCCCUGCUGGCUGUGAAGUACGCCGAGAGGCAGGAACCUGCCAGUUCUCCCUUGUGCAAAAAUCUGACCCUCGGCUGCCCUGCAAAGGGGGAGGACCCAACCCAGAGUGGGGUUCAGCUAACACUCCUGAUCCUGGAGCUCCUGUUCCCCACUCCAGCUAAACUGAUCACCCUCUGCCAACUGCUGCUGCCACUUGCAGGGAAACCACUAGCAGCUGCCAGUUUAUUCUGAAUAAAUAAAUUAAAGCCACAGCUGAAA